AUGUCGCACCACGCCCAAGUCGAGGAGCUGUCUGACUCCGACCCCGAGGAGAUCGCUCCCUCCGACGACACGCCGCUUACUGGAAACACCAUUAUCGCGCCCGCGUCGGUCCCUGCAUCAGCUCCUCGUCCAUCGAACCCUCCUCCCAUGGCUCAGGCUCCGAUGCCUGAGCCGCAGCGCGAAAUCCCCAAACACUUCCAAUGCCUCUACCCUGUCUACUUUGACAAGACGCGCUCCCGCGCAGAUGGUCGCAAGGUCGGUGCCGAGUUGGCAGUGGAAAAUCCGCUCGCUCGUGACAUCGUGGACGCCGUGCAGAUGCUGGGAUUGAAGGCGGGCUUGGAACCCGAGAAGCUGCACCCCAAGGAUUGGGCGAACCCCGGACGAGUGCGCGUGUUGCUCAAGGAUGAGAAUGGCAAAUUGGUGAAUUCCAAGAUCAAGAAUAAACAUCACCUCUACAUCCUCGUCGCGGAAUACUUGAAAGCUCACCCCACCACCGAGCAAUCACCGUACCGGUUACGGAUCCGUGGACUGCCUAUGCCCGAAAAGCUCCCCGAGGCUCCUCCCGCCCCGCGCGGCUGGAAGAUUGGCAAGAUUCUGCCCAUCCACUCGCCAGCCUACAGUGGCGGCGGUGUUAGCGACAACCCAUUCAAAGAGGCUAUGGCUGAAAUGCAGAACAUGGGAGGAAUGCCCGGGAUGCCCCAGAUUCCCGGAAUGCCUGGUAUGCCCGGCAUGCCGGGGAUGGGAGGCGAGCCCUCCGGAGCAGGCGCGGAAAAGAAGAAGAAGGAUAAGAAGAAGGGUAAAUGA